UUGAAUUUCACAGAUGGAGGUUGACUUCUCAUGUCAGGCUAUGGAUGACUCCUACUGCGCUGUGUGUGGGGAAAUCUUCCUGGCUCCAAUUGUCCUCUGCUGCAUCGAUUGCGGUCGUAGCUUUUGUAGCUGUUGUUUGGAGCAAUUCUGGAUACAACACGGCAUUAAAGAGUGUCCUCUCUGCCCUGGACUUCCAUAUAAAUCAUGUGACGCACAUGGAAAGCAACUAUUUCUCCUCUGUGUAGCUGAUCUGGAGCUUGUCUGCUCUACGUGCCACAUAUCAGGACUGCAUAUGAAUCACAUGGUGUAUCCUAUAAAGGAGGCAUUCAAGGAUCGUAAGAUACAGUCUCUAGUUGAGCCAAUUCAUUCUUUUGUGGUGUGGUGUUUAUUCGAGAACGGGCGCGAUGUGCAUGCUCAACACAAGACAGGAUAACACGAGAUAUGCCUUUGAGAGCUGAGGUAUCAACACUUAUUUCUGAGGUCAAGAUGAGGUAGCCUUCCAGAGAGGUGGGAGGGGCCUCUAAUCCUGCCUUCUCAUCAAAGCCCUAUGUAGAAGAAUAGCCACCAGACAUGCUCAUCUUGAGGAUGACUUUUCCUUUCCAAUUUGUGGAAGUAUUCUCAGUCAGCCAGUGGUGCUCACGUGCAGACACAGAUUCUGUAAAGCCUGUCUAAAAGACAGCUGGGAGACACACUACUGUGCUCUGUGCUGCCGCCGUUCCUCCAUGGCGCAAAUCGUGAUGAGCUCUGUGCUGGAUAAGUCCUGUGAAUCCUUCAAUUUGGAGAGAAGCAAGAAUGACCCAGAGUUUUGUGAGGAGCAUGGAGAAAAGCUCACAUUGUUCUGUUUGGAGGACUUGAAGCCCAUCUGUGGUGUAUGUGGGAAAGCAGCCGCACACACUGGGCACAGGCUCUAUCCCAUUGGGGAAGGUGCUCAUGACUGUAAGGAGGAACUGAAGAGUGCGCUGCUGCCUUUGAAAGAGAAGUUGCAGCUGUACAAAAAGGCAAAAAUGGUCUGUGAGGAAAUGGCAGAACAUGUCAAGAACCAGGCUGAACAUACUGAAACACAGAUCAAAGAGGAAUUUGAAGCACUUCACCAUUUCCUGAAGGAACAGGAGGCGGCCAGACUUUCUGCUUUAAAGGAUGAGGAGAAUCAGAAGAAUCUGGAGGUUAACCAGAGAUUUGAGGAGAUGAGUAAUGAAAUUACAUCUCUCUCCAGCACCAUCAGAUUAGUUGAAAAGGAGAUGAACGCUCAAGAUAUCCCAUUUCUUAAGAAUUACAAGGAAACAAUAAAGAGAACCUGGCGAACUUCCCUUGAGCCACAAAUGGUUUCUGAUGCUCUGAUUGAUGUGGCCAAGCACUUGGGAUCUCUGAAAUAUAAAGUGUGGGAGAAGAUGAAGAGUAUAGUUAAAUAUAAUCCUGUGAUUCUGGAUCCAAACACAGCAGCCAGCUGCUUCAUCCUCUCAGAGGAUCUCACAGUUGUGCAGAACUCUACCCAGAUUUUCAAGCUGCCAAAUAACCCAGAACGCUUUGACAUCAGUGCCGAGAUGCUGGCUGCAGAGGGCUAUACCUCUGGACGCCACAGCUGGGAUGUGGAGGUGAAGGAAAACACAUACUGGGUGUUGGGAGUAGCCAGCGAGGCCAUCAACAGGAAGGGGAAGCACGUGCUGACACCAGCAGAGGGAUUCUGGACUAUAAGGUUUCGCAAUGGAGAGCAUAAGGCCUGCACAGCACCAUGGGAACCGCUGAACAUGACUAAGGUGCCAAAAGUGAUAAGAGUAGUUUUAGACAUGGACAGGGGCAAGGUGACCUUUUACGACCCUGGAGCGAGAGCACCUCUCUACACCUUCACAGAGAUCAUAACACCAAGAGCCUUUCCCUAUUUUUGUUCUGCCUGCAAAGAGCAUCCACUGAAAAUCCUACCCACAAGGAUAUUAUUGUCAAUGGACUGAUCAUUUAAUUUGGAGACAUGCCAUAUUGUUUGUAUAAAAGUCACGCAAUUAAAGAAGUGAAGGGUUGCUAAAGCACAUGAAGGUUUGUCCCUCUUCUUUUGCAAGAGAUGAAUGUGGGGAGUUACAUCACUACAUUGCAAAGGAAGCAAAUCAAAACUGCUUUUUCUAAAUAAAUGACAGGAAACAAACAUGUUUUAAAAUAUUUUAUUUGAGUUACAACAAAAAAAAAAACUGUAGUUUGGGAGAUGUGAACUUGUAAAUGGAUUUAA